AUGUGCGACAAACGAUUAUGCUCGUGCCGACAAAAGUCAGCGGCGUCUAAUGUCGAUCCAGAAAUACUACGGAAGCUGGAGGAGGGUUAUAAAUUAUUAAAGAACAGCGACAGCCCGUCGCUCCUCAAGAAAUAUUUGACACGCGACGUGUUUGAUAAACUUAAAAAGCGCAAAACAUCCUACGGAUCGACCCUCCUGCACGUAAUUCAGUCCGGCGUAGAAAAUUUGGACUCUGGAAUCGGGAUCUACGCUCCCGAUCCCGAAGCGUAUACCGUGUUCGCCGAAUUGUUCGAUCCAAUAAUUGAGGAUUACCACGGGGGCUUCGGUCCGGACGACAUCCACCCCCUUCCAGACUGGGGAAAGCCCGCCGACAUGGGGAACUUGGAUCCUUCGGGAAACUAUGUGAUAUCGACCAGGGUACGCACCGGCCGAUCCCUCGCCGGCUAUCCAUUCAAUCCCAGCAUGAGCGAGACUCAUUACUACGAGAUUGAAAAUAAGGUGACGGAUGCUUUCGGUAAAUUGGAAGAUGACUUGAAGGGGCAGUAUUACCCGUUGGUAGGAAUGGAGAAGGACGUGCAGAAGAAGUUAAUCGACGAUCAUUUCCUCUUCAAGGAAGGCGAUCGAUUCCUGCAGUCGGCCGAGGCCUGUAAAUACUGGCCAACGGGUCGGGGAAUAUACUUGAACCAGUCGAAGACUUUUCUGGUUUGGUGCAACGAGGAGGACCACCUGCGAAUAAUCUCGAUGCAGGAAGGGGGCGAUUUGGGAGAAGUGUACGCCAGGUUAGUACGAGCUGUUACGGCGCUUGAGCGAAAUCUGAAGUUCAGUCGAAACGAGAGGAUUGGGUACCUCAACUUCUGCCCAACGAAUUUGGGAAGCGCGGUGCGAGCUUCGGUGCACGUGAAGUUGCCAAAGUUGUCGGCGAACCUUGGCCGGUUUGAGGAAAUCGCGGGAAUGUACAACCUCCAGGUUCACCGCAAUCGUAAUACCCCAGAGUUGUGCGUGCGGUUAAAUAUGCUUCCCGUCUUGCGCACGUAAUAUGGAUAUUCUAAUUUCUUAAGUACAGAGAUGUUACGUAUACUUACGCUGUAGUCU